AUGGUUUCAGUGCUGAUCCAUCUAAAUAUGAUGAGUAAUGCAACAUAUCCGUACACAUUUUCGUUUGCACCACAACCGACUGCUUUUCCGUAUCCAUCAACUCAAUUUUUUUCCACUUAUGUACCACCACAAACGACUAUAUCGUCUGUUGCUGUAAAAACUGAUAGCCAUCGAACUUCCACUGGACGACGCGAAAGAACGACAUUUAGCCCUAAACAGCUGGAACAACUUGAAGCUUUAUUCAAACGAACUCGAUAUCCAGAUAUUGGACUUCGUGAAGAGAUUGCUAAAAAAAUAAAUUUACAGGAAAGUCGAGUUCAGGUUUGGUUUAAAAAUAGACGAGCAAAAAUGAGGCAACAAGAUAGACUGCGAAAAGAACUACAAGAAUUCUCUGCUGAUGAAACUUGCCGAGAUUUGACGGAUACACAAAAUUCAGAACUUCACCGACAAACACCACCACCAGCAGAACCAACGAGAGCACAGUUGUUGUCUACUGAGUCAACAUUUAGCCAAGAGGAGUUGAAAGAAAAGUUAGAGCAGAUAGAAACACAAGAAAACAAAAUCAAUAUUAUGACACCAACCGAUGAGGAACAAGUAUAUGGAACAAACGCCUGGGUUACGAUGCCUCCAACACUACCAGCACAGAUGCAGUAUCAGACUGGCGCUUACACUGGCGGCACGCCGAAUGCUGUAACCAAUGCGCCAUCCAAUUUCAACUUUAUGGCAAAUACUGCAGCUUCUGUUAGUUAUUAUGCCUAUACGCAUCCGGACUUCUAUAACUCGUACUACACAACUCCUGGCACCUAUCAGAAUCCUCAUUCUAGUGCAAUGUUUAGUGAUCUGCAGCGAUUAACAGCGCUACAAAAUAACUAG